AUGCCGCCUUUCUCCCUCCUCGUCCUCGCCCUCGGGCUCGUCCUCGCCCGCGCCCUGACUCGCCCUCGCGCAAGCCCUGACUCGCCCUCAUCCUCGCUCGCGUCCCUCCUCGUCCUCGCCCUCGGGCUCGUCCUCACCCGCACCCUGACUCGCCCUCGCACGCACCUCGACUCGCUCUCGUCCUUGCCCUCGGCCUCGCCCUUGCCCUCGCCCUCGCCACGGAGAGGAACAAGGCGCAAGGGGCGCACCCCGCGCGGCGGGCACGCCAACAGCGUCGGCGGGCAGGCGUUGUCGCGGCGCCUCGUGGUGCCGCAUGCGGCGGCAGGCGGGGAAUCGCCGCCCGACGAUGGGCGGAACGGCGAGGGGGAGUUCGAGGCCGAGGAGGAGCAGCUUCUGUACCGCGUGCCCAUAUUUGACCCUGCCCUAGUCGAGUUCUGCUCGCCCCCGCCUCUUGAGGACGCGGCCGCUCUCGCGUCGUCCUGCAACGAAGACGGCGCCGUCGAGGACCCCGCGAAGCCGGAUCCAGUGACACCUGCAGCGGCGCCGGUGGUCCAGUUCUUCCCCGACGGCGGAAAUGCCAACUUCGAGCCCACCGACGCCGAGCUCAGGGAGUUCGCCGCGGACAUGGAAGCCCUCCUCGGGCACGGCCUGGACGACGGCAACGAGGAGGGCUCGUCGUUCUAUAUGGAGACGCUGGGCCUCCUGGACCCAGUGGAAGUGGGCGACGACGCCACGCGAGUCAAGGUGGAGACCGACGGCGGCAGUAGUGCCUGCGAAGCCAGUGGCACGCUGGCCUGCGCCCUCGAGCUGCUGGACCCAGAGGCGUCUGACGAGAUGAUGCUGGACAUCGACUUCAACUACGGCUCGCCUCUGGACACGACGACGACGGACGAGAAGGCCGCGAGCAGCGACACGGGGGCCGCCGACGCUCAGUUCUUGCAGACGAGCCUCUCGCUCACCCUCAACUACGAGGCCAUCAUCCAGAGCCGGGGGAGGUCGCCGUGGACCAGCGGAGGCGAGCGACCACACGUCAAGCUCGACGACAGCUGGCCCCACGACUACACGAACAUGUGGGUUGUGGGAGGAGUGGUCGGCCACGGCGGCGAGGACCUGCUGGGCACGGCGAGGCUGGGGAUGGACGGCGGGCGGGAGGCCCGAGUGUCGCGGUACCGGGAGAAGCGGAGGACGCGACUCUUCUCCAAGAAGAUCCGGUACGAGGUGCGCAAGCUCAACGCCGAGAAGCGGCCACGGAUGAAGGGCCGCUUCGUCAAGCGCGCCACCGACUGUGGCAGCCUCGCCAUCGCUGGCCUCGCUUAA